GCUUCCGGCCGAGGCUGCGGGAAGAUGGCGGCGGCCGUGGCGGCCCGCGCCGUGCCCGUGUGCUUCCGACGGCUGCUGUGCGCCUGCAGCCGCCGCGGCCCGAGAGCCGCAGGGCCCGGAGCCGCUUCCCUGGGAUCUGCUUCCCAAAGAUUUGGUUCACAGAGUACUUCAGUUCCACAAGGGUACGUUCCUAAAACAUCACUGAGUUCACCACCUUGGCCAGAAGUUGUCCUGCCAGACCCAGCUGAGGAGACCAGACACCAUGCAGAGGUCGUGGGGAAGGUGAACGAGCUGAUCGCCACAGGCCAGUAUGGCAGGCUGUUUGCUGUGGUGCACUUCGCCAGCCACCAGUGGAAGGUGACCUCUGAGGACCUGAUUUUAAUCAACAACGAAUUAGACAUUGCAUGUGGAGAGAGGAUACGGCUGGAGAAGGUCCUAUUGGUUGGAGCUGACAACUUCACGUUACUUGGCAAGCCACUCCUUGGAAAGGAUCUCGUUCGAGUAGAAGCCACGGUCAUCGAAAAGACAGAAUCAUGGCCAAAAAUUAAUAUGAAAUUUAAGAAGAGGAAAAACUACAGGAAGACGAAAGUUAUCGUGAACCCACAGACUGUCCUUCGGAUAAACACCAUUGAGAUCGCUCCAUCUUUGUGCUGAUCCUGAAGCUCAUGUUUACAGAAUGUAAAAAUAAACCCCUGUUUUUGGACA